AUGACCGAGGAGGGCGAGGCUCUGCCGGCGGCGAACGACGCCGGCGGAGGCGCCGCCGCCGACGCGAAGACCCCCAAACCCGCCAGAGGAACCAGAGGCAAGGGCGGCGGUGCGACGGGAUCGCGCGCGGGCCGAUCGCAGCGCGCGACGCCGCCGACGAUGCCGUACACGGGCGCUCUCGCGGGGUGGGCCGCGUCCGCGCCGCCGCCGACGUCGAUGGGGCUGGGUUUAGGAUUAGGGCUAGGGAUGAUGCACACGCCGCCGCCGAUGUUCAACGGCGGCGGCGGCGGAGGAGGAGGAGGAGGAAGAGGAGGCGCGUCGGUUCCGAUGCAUCCCUCCGCGCUCCGGUACGCGGCGCACGCAAUGACCACCGGGAAGAUGGACGUCGGGCACGUCAACAAGCGCCGAAGAGUCGGCUCGAGGCACGCGCCGAUUCCGCUGGACGAUAACGCGCUGAAGCCGUGCCUGUUCUGGCGGAACGGCCAGUGCAAGAACGGCGACGACUGCGGGUACCUCCACGGCGACUCCCCCGUGCGAUGCCAGACGUUCAACACCAAAGCGGGGUGUCGAUUCGGCGACAAGUGCGCGUUCAAGCACGUCCGGGGACCGCUCGUCGUCGACGAGGUCACGGACAGGGACGACGUCGACGGAGACGCCGAUGGUAACGGCGGCGCGAAUCCGAAUCCGAAUCCGAAUCCGUUCGCGACGCACGCGAGCAACUGCGGGUGCGACUCGUGUCACCCGCCGCCGCCGGUCAAGGUGCGGUACGUCGCGCGCGGCGGGGGCGGCCGCGGCGACCGCGGCGACGACGGGAGCGACAGCGAGGACGGCGAGAUUCUGGAGGUCGUGGAGGAUCAGGGUCUCGAGGACGGGUCGCACGUCGUGGGGGAGCGGACGCUGAGCGCGGAGGAGGUGGCGGCGCGUGACGAGACGCUCACGAAGUGCUCAGGCGCGGUGUCGUGCGGGGAGACGACGCGGCAUUGGGCCGAGUUUUUAUCUGGCGGCGUCGGCGGCGCGCACAAGGGGCGGCCGUCGAACGGGCUCGUGCCGUUCUGGAAGAAGGACAACGAGCGCGGGAAUUAG